GCUAAAUGUUCAAUGUGCAAUGUUCCGUACCUUAAGGUAUUCAAUUGAAAGCAAGUACCCAGACUCCGUGUUCUCUUGCCCUGCCUUUACUACUACCUCCACUUGAAGGUGAGCAAAGUACCUUAUUGUAAGUUACAUGCAGAGCCAAUCCUUCACUUGCCAUAAGGUAUGCAGCGUUCCUGUUCCUGCUUGACCCCCUCCGUCCCGAUCCGUGCUUGAGUGCCCAACUCCGACUUCCCUUGCUCCUGGAGACCGGAAGUGAAGUGCCUGUUCCUGUGGCCCACUAAAGCUUAGACUUCAAUGUCCUCUGCUGGCUCCACGAGGGUUUGGUGGACGCAAUACCUUGAUCACACACUUGACAUUGGGCCCUUUGCCUUGCCCGAGUCUGCAACUGGCAGUGGCAGGGUUGUCGGGGACAUGAGGAAUCUCACUAACCCAUGAACCAUACAGAACAAUACCUUGCUAUCUCUCUCAGUACCUUACGCACAGUAAAUAGGUCGACAGGAGUAGUAGAGAAAAGCUCGUCGGUCCUCCUUGCUCUUAGUCCUUCCAACCCCGCCAGUGUCAGGCCCAACAGGAGCCAGUCGGGACGGAGCCAUCGCAAGCACCAGCGCCAGCCCAAGCAGAGUCGGACGGAGACUUGUAGGGGAACCGGAAUCACAAUCUCACAGCCCUGACCCGUGAACGCCUGAUGUGCUUGACUAGUGCUAAGAGCGGGCACCCAUACUUUUCGUCCAUCCAGGGCACCUCACCUCACCCACCUCACGCGUCCA